AUGAAAUGGUGUGAAAAACUUUCUCGUUCUCUCUUUCUUGUCUCUCUCUCUCUCAUUCUUUUAUCUCUCUCUUCUGUCUCUUUUCUCUCUCUCUCUCUCUCUCUCUCUCACAUCUCUUUCUUUCUAUAUUUCUCGCUAGAUUUCUCAUUUAAGUUCCCAUCUCUCUUUCCUUUGUACUUUUCUUCUUUCACAUACAGACACACACACACGUACACGUCCUUCUCUAUUUCUUCCUCUCUAUUUCUCCUCCCACUUUUCUUGUCUUUCUUCUUUCUUCUUUCUUCUCACUCACUUUUCUCUCGUUAUUCUCUUAUUCUUUUUCCCUUUCUUCUCUCUCUCUCUCUCUCUUACUUUCUCUCUCUCUUACUUUCUCUCGCUUUUACUUACUCUCUUUCUCUCUCUUUUUUAAUCUUCUUACUCUCACUCUUUCUCUCUCUUACUUUCUCUCUUACUCACUUUCCUUCUUUCUUACCCUUUUUUACUCUCGCUCUCUUACUUUGUCUCUCUCUUUUAACGCUCUCUCUUAUUCUCUCUCUCACUCUCUUCUUCUCCCCUACUUUCACUCUAUCUCACUCUCUCAUUCUCUCUCUCUAUUACUUUCUCUUACUGUCUUUCUCUCUCUUACCCACUCUCUUCGUCUCCCCCCUCUCUCUUACUCUUACUCUCUCUUUAACUCACUCUCUUUUACUCUCUAUCCCUCUCAUCGUUUCAAUAUAUGGCUGUUCAUAUUUAUCAAUAUAUGUCUCACCCUGUUCAUAUCUAUCUAUCUAUCUAUCUAUCUAUCUAUCUAUCUAUCUAUCUAUCUAUCUAUCUCAGUCUGUUAAUAUCUAUCUAUCUAUCUAUCUAUCUAUCUAUCUAUCUAUCUAUCUAUCUCAGUCUGUUAAUAUCUAUCUAUCCUGUUCAUAUCUAUUUAUCUAUCUAUCUAUCUCAUCAUAUCUAUCUAAUCUAUCUAUAGUCAACUAUUUUUAUUCAUAUUUAUCUAUAAAUCUCAUCUUCUAUUAUUUUUAUCUAUCUAUCUAUCUAUCUAUCUAUCUAUCUUUAGCCUGUUCUAUCUAUCUAUCUAUCCUGUUCCUAUAUCUUUUAUCUAUCUACCUACCUCCAUAUCUAUCUAUUAAUCUAUCUAUAGUCAACUAUUUUUCUUCAUAUUUAUCAAUAAAUCUAUCUAUUAUCUUUAUCUAUCUAUCUAUCCCAUAUAUCUAUCUAUCUAUCUAUCCCAUCUGUUCAUAUCUAUCUAUCUAUCUAUCUAUCUAUCUAUCUAUUUCCGCCUGUUCAUAUCUAUCUAUCUAUCUAUCUAUCUAUCUAUCUAUCUAUCUAUCUAUCUAUCUAUCUAUCUAUCUAUCUCAGCCUGUUCAUAUCUAUCUAUCUCAGCCUGUUCAUAUCUAUUUAUCUAUCUACCUACCUCAGCAUAUCUAUCUGUUAAUCUAUCUAUACCUGUUCAUAUCUAUCUAUCUAUCUAUCAAUCUUGUAUUAUUUAUUAUUCAUAACUUUCAAUCUAUAUAUAGUCUAUUAUUUUUAUUCAUAUCUAUCAAUAGAUCUAUCUAUUAUCUUUACUCAUAUCUAUCUAUCUAUCUAUCUAUCUCCUAUUAUCUUUAUCUAUCUAUAAAUCCAUCUCUUUAUCUAUCUAUAUCUUUACUCAUAUCUAUCUAUCUAUCUAUCUAUCUAUCUAUCUAUCUAUCUAUCUAUCUAUCUAUCUAUCCCAGUCUGUUCAUAUCUAUCUAUCUAUCUAUCUAUCUAUCUAUCUAUCUAUCUAUCUAUCUAUCUAUUUCCGCCUGUUCAUAUCUAUCUAUCUAUCUAUCUAUCUAUCUAUCUAUCUAUCUAUCUAUCUAUCUAUCUCAGCCUGUUCAUAUCUAUCUAUCUCAGCCUUCAACUAUUUUAUUCAUAUUUAUCAAUAAAUCUAUCUAUCUAUCUCCGUAUCUAUCUAUCUUUCUAUCUUUAUUCAUAUCUAUCAAUAUCUAUCUAUUAUCUUUCGAUAUCUAUCUUCUAUCUAUCUAUCUAUCUAUCUAUCUAUUUAUCUAUCUAUCCCCUUCUGUUCCUAUCUCAGUCUAUCUCUAUAUAUCUCAGAUGUUCCUAUCUCAGCUAUCCAUCUCUUCUAUCGAGGGCUGUUUAUCUAUCUAUCUAUCUAUCUAUCUAUCUAUCUAUCUAUCUAUCUAUCUAUCUAUCUAUCUAUCUAUCUAUGUCAGUCUAUUCAUAUCUAUCUAUCUAUCUCCACCUGUUUAUAUCUAUCUAUCUAUCUAUCUAUCUAUCUAUCUAUCUAUCUCCUAUUAUCUUUAUUUAUCUAUAAAUCUAUCUCUUUAUCUAUGUAUAUCUUUACUCAUAUCUAUCUAUCUAUCUAUCGUCCUUUAUCUUUACUCCUAUCUAUCGUCUAUUUUCUUUACCCGUAUCUGUCUGUCUAUCUUAUAUGAUCUUUACUCAUAUCUAUCUAUCUAUCUAUCUAUCUAUCUAUCUAUCUAUCUAUCUAUCUACCUUAAUAUUACCUUUAACAACAAUUUGCCAACAAAAUGGCAAAGCUCGCACAAAAUGACCCCCCUCUCUCUCUCUGCCUUUCUUUCUUUCUUUCUUUCUUUCUUUCUUUCUUUCUUUCUUCUUCAGUAUUGCUUUGGAAUACACAAAAGUAACUUUCAAAAUUUUAUUUCCCUCUAUCCCUCUCUCUCUCUCUCUCUCUCUCUCUCACACACGUACAUACUAACUCUCGCUCGCUCGCUCGCUGUCUGUCUUUUUCUCUCUUUCAUUUUCCCUUCCUGUCUUACUCUCGCUUUCUCUCUCUUCCCCUCUCUCUAUCUUCUAAACCUUUCUCUCUUUUCUCAUUUUUUUCUCCCUAAUCUUCUUGUUUUUAUCUUUCUACCGUUGCUUCAUCUCUUACUCACCUCCAACACAAUUCUCUCAGUCGCUCGCUUUCUCGCUGUUUCUAACUUCUUUCUUUCUUUCUUUUUUCUUUCUUUCUUUCUUUCUUUCUUUCUUUCUUUCUUUCUUUCUUUCUUUCCCAUUCUCCUCGCCAACCUGUCGCUAUAUUUCCACUCCACCCUCUCUCUGUUAGUUUAUUUUGUCCUGUGA